UGAGAUCCCCAGUUGCGACGUCACGCCAGUGUAGCGGACAAGUCCGAACCGAACGGACGCGCGUUCGAGGCGAAACCACUCGUCUGCUCUUUUGCUCCCUGAACGUCUCGUGAAAAAAAAAAAAAAGUGCACGCAGGGUUCGGUUUGAGAGAAAAAAGGAAGGGCGUGCGUGUGUGUGUGUGUGCCUCUCUCUUCUUCCGACGCGGAAUCCCCCGUCAGAACCAGACUUCUGUCCCGCGUCGCGCGCCCGCCAAAAAGUUCGUUCCAAUUAUCAACCGUUAUUUUUUUUUUUUUUUUUUACCUCCGCCGAGGAUAAAAGUGACGAUACGCACACACGGGGGUGGGGGGAAGCUCCGGAACCCCGGAGUUUUUUUUUUUUUUUUUUGUGUUGUUCUUCGGAAAGUGUCGUCGUUCCAAAAUCCCGGAGGCAGCGGUGAUGGUCGCUAAAAACUCCGGACACUUCUCGUCCCCAGGACCGGCACUGAAAGGAGUGUGACCGACAAUGCGCGGGCUGCUGAUGGUCCUCCCCGUGCUCGCGACACUCGCCCUGCCCCGGGCCUCGGCGGACGGCGGCGCCGAGGACAGCCUGUUGUCGCUGCUGGGGCUGCGGCGGCGGCCGCGCGUCGACCGCUCCAAGGUGGUGGUCCCGCCCGAGAUGCUGGAGCUGUACCGCCGCCAGACCGGCCUGCGGCUGGGCACCACGGCGCUGCCCCUGCCGGGCCGCCACACGCGCGCCGCCAACACCGUGCGCAGCUUCACGCACCGAGAGAGCAAAGCGGACGAGGCGUUCCCGACCAGCCACCGCUUCCGGCUGUCCUUCGACGUCGCGGCGAUACCCGGGGGCGAGCGACUCCAGGCGGCCGAGCUGAGGCUGCCGCCGUCGACUUCGUCGACGUCGACGUCGACGAGGCGGCAGCGCGUGCUGGUGCACGACAUCGUGCGGCCGGGGCUGCGGGGCAGGCGCGCGCCGCUCCUGCGGCUAGUCGACGUGGCGGCGACGGCGGCUGGGGGCGGCGUCUCGCUCGACGUGCUGCCCGCCGUCGAGCGCUGGCUGCGGUCGCCCGCCGACAACCACGGGCUGCUGGUGGAGGUGGUGGACGCCGCGACGGGCUUGCGUCCCUCCGAGGAAACCCGCGUGCGCCUGCGCAGGGACCCCUCCUCCUCAGGGGCAGGGGCCGGGGAGCCCCUGCUGCUGACCUUCACCGACGACGGGACCCGCCCCGCCGAGGACCUCGCCUCCCGGACGAGGCGCCGGCGACGAGAGGCGCUGUCCCGCAAGCCGCACUCCCGCGACGCCUGCCGCCGACACCCGCUCUACGUCGACUUCGCCGACGUGGGCUGGAACGACUGGAUCGUCGCGCCGCCCGGCUACGACGCCUACUUCUGCCACGGCGACUGCCCCUUCCCGCUGGCGCAGCACCUCAACUCCACCAACCACGCCAUCGUGCAGACUCUGGUCAACUCCAUGAACCCCAACCUGGCGCCCAAGGCGUGCUGCGUGCCGACGGAGCUCGUGGCCAUAUCCAUGCUCUACGUGGACGAGUCGGACAAGGUGGUGCUCAAGAACUACAACGACAUGUCCGUCCUCGGGUGCGGCUGUCGGUAGUGUUCCGACCCGGAGCAAGCUCUCUGCCUUUCGGCACCUUCGGGAACCUUCCGGCGCCUUCGGGAGCUUUCCGACGCCUUUGGGAGUCUUCGGGAGUCUUCCGGCGCCUUCGGGAGUCUUCCGGCGCCUUCGGGAGUCUUCGGGAGCCUUCGGGAGUCUUCGGGAGCCUUCCGGCGACUUCGGGAGUCUUCCGGCGCCUUCGGGAGUCUUCGGGAGCCUUCCGGCGCCUUCGGGAGUCUUCGGGAGCCUUCCGGCGCCUUCGGGAGUCUUCGGGAGCCUUCCGGCGACUUCACGGGAGUCUUCGGGAGCCUUCCGGUGUCUUCGGGAGUCUUCGGGAACCUUCCGGCGCCUUCGGGAGUCUUCGGGAGCCUUCCGGUGCCUUCGGGAGCUAUCCGGCGCCUUCGGGAGUCUUCCGACGUCUUCGGUAGCCUUCCAGCGCCUUCGGGAGUCUUCCGACGUCUUCGGUAGCCUUCCAGCGCCUUGGGGAGCCUUCCGGCGCCUUCGGGAGCCUUCCGACGCCUUCGGUAGCCUUCCAGCGCCUUCGGGAAUCUUCCGGCACCUUCGGGAGCCUUUGGGAACUUUCCGGAACCUAGUGUGAACUCCGUGUGGGGAGGGAGAACCAGCAGACAGCUUUACAGCUCGAAUGUUCACUGAAAACAGCGCUGCUGUCGUUUUUUUAAUCUUUUUUUUUUGUGUUGUGUGGACUCGUGUACUUCGAUCGUAGAGCAGAAGAGGCUAUAUUUAAGAAUUAAAAAAAAAAAAUUGUAAAUCUUUUAAAAGCGUAACGUUUCACCACCCAAGAGCCUUAAUUCGAUGCUUAACCAGAUUGGUAUGUGGGAAAAUUUCCCCACUGUUCAUGAAUAAUUAAUGAAACAGAUCCAAGUAAUGUGCGAGGGAAAAAAAACCAUGAAACUCAUUAUUAACUUAUCAGGAGUCUAUAAUUUUUAUCCAGGGUAAACAUACAGGUGAGCUAAAAAAAAAUAUUGAACUAUGUAGUUGUUAUAAAAAAACACUCAACAUUAUUUCGGGGUCCAGUUCAGCAGCAUUUGAUCCUAGGAGAGAAACUAUCACAACAUGUAACCUGACAUUUUUAUUUUAACAAAGUAAAAUAAACUGAUUUUUUAAAUAAUUUAUAUUUACUUGUUAAUGAGAUGCCGAAAGAUAAUGGUUUUCCAUCCUCCUAUUUUAAGAAAGAAAUCUUAGUGAACUCUUUUUAUGUAUUUUUUUUAUAAAAGUGGUUGUCCGUUUUUGAUAGUUUGUGAAAGUACGGACUCCACUGAAAGUUUGAGACCAUUAGUAGAUUCUGACCUGCUAUUCAUUUACACAGCUUUAACUAAUAAAUAUUUUAAACAAAAAAAACAUAUUCUUUAGCAGGUUUUUUUAAAACAUUCAAUUUUUCCGAACCUUCAAACAUGUAAAAUUACUACAAAAAGUAUGAAUUUUUUUUUCUGUUUAAAGAUUUUUCAAGAACCUAAACUUUUUGUAAAAAUUUUUCAUUUGAGUAUCAAUAAAUUUUUUAUCAAAAACUAUAAAAAAUUAUCUAUGAUUUAUGAGCUAUUUAUAACAUUUUAGGGAGUUUUUUUUUUUAAACGUAAGUGAUAAUAAAAUUACCUAUUCUAAUGGCCUUAAAAUUUCGUGGGACCCGCAGAUGCGAGGAGAUAAGCAUGUAGCGUUGGCGAACGACAUGUGCGCUUUUGCUCCCACGCAGCCGGCUAAAGCGUUUUAAUUUCCUCGGAAUAGAAAACCGGUAUGGGUUCGGUGUUAAAGUAUUACUAUCGAGCAUGUUGCCGUGUCCUUGAAGUAUCUCUACUUUGAUCUGAUCUGUGUUGUUGGUUUCAACCCAAGCUUCCAGUCACGUUGGCCAACCUUGCAUGUGAGUGACGACGUGGUCUGCCUGAAAAAAAAUAAUUUGAUUUAAAUGUAACCUAGUUUUUGGGUAGCAAUCUGUACUUAUCUUACAAAAAAAAUGCUUCACGCGUGGAAUUUUGACGAAGGUAAUGUUGCCUGAUACUAAAAUCACACUUAAGGUUUUUGAAAAAUUUUACUUUUUAUAAAUAAUUUCAACGUGUUUAAAACACAAUCUCCGUUCGUUGCAUCUGCCUUUUUUUUACAGCACACGGUUUGUGCGUGUUCAAUGAGGGUUAGUGUGUGUGUUAGCCCUUCCCAACCAUUGGCGGUGUAUGACGUUUUUUGUACCGAGUUAACGUAAAAUCAACUUUUUACGACAUAAAUGUGCCCAGAAGACGCCAAAAAUAAUCACGAUGUAUGUGUCCUGUGCAAGUGAUUUUAAAAACCUUUGUGAAAAGUUAAAAUAUUUAAAAAGUAUAAAUUUUUAAAAUCUGUUUUGAAAAAUUCUUCAAAUAUUAUCAGUGUGAAUCAGUUAAAGGAUUUUUACGUUGUAUUAUUACUUUAUUUUUGUAUUCUUACUAAUUAUGCCAAUUUAAAAGUUAAGAACUUUAAUUUGCUGAAGUAAGAGCGGAGUCAGCUUAAUGAAAAAAGUCGGUUGGAUAUAACAUGUUUUUUUAAUGUUUUUUAAUGUUGUUGCACCAUUUUAAUUAAUUUUAUGUGAGAAAUAACUGUGUACUGCUAAUAUUUAAACAAAAAAUCAAAAUUUACGCUUAGUAUUAUGUUUUUUAAUCAUGUUUUAUGUGCAGUCAUUGUCACUUUGUAUUAUUAUGUAAUUAUAUGUACCUGGCUAAGGAAUAAUUCUAUAUUUAUUUUUUAUUGUUUGUGAAUAUUGUAUAAAUUAAACCUUACAAAUGUACCAUUAAAAGACAAGUCAUAAAUAGUUUUUAAGAGAAAGUUUUGUACAGUGUGUAUAUAUAAAAUUGUAUAGAAUUUUUAAAGAAGAAAAGUAUUAUGUUGAAGGAGAAAAAUAAAUCAGUUUUAUGAUAA